GUACAUACAUAUGUUUCUUAUAGAGCUGGUACCCGUGAAGUUCAUAAUAAAUUGGAAAAAAAUCGACGAGCCCAUCUGAAGGAAUGCUACGAGCAGUUGAAGAACCAACUUCCUUUGAAAGAAGACGAACGCAAGAAGACCUCGAAUUUGGCAAUACUUGGCGAAGCAAUUAAAUACGUUAAAAACCUUAAAAAGAAGGACCAAGAACUUGAAGCCGAAGUGGAGCAGUUAGCUAAAACGAAAAUCAAUUCCCAACUUAAGCUUGUGUCUUUGAAGAGGGAGCUUGGUCCAAAGUAUGAGCAAAUGUUUCCAGGACCGUUUUUGGAAUUCGAAAUAAACCAUUGUGAAAAAGAACAUUUAAAUGAAGCUGCGUCUCUUUCUUCUGGACGUGGUAGUAUACUGUAUAGUUCGUCGAGCUCGUUGUCAAGCGGAGGUAGCAAUGGCAGCACUACUAUGUCUUCACCAGUUGGUGCUAGUAUGUCAUUGCCCACUGCUCUAUCACCUGUGAUAUCUAAAACAUAUAUAAAUUGCAACAUUGCAAGCAGUGCAAACGGAAAUAAUAGCCCCUCCAAUGCCAGCGUUACAUCUAAGGCCCCUGGCGUAUUUGACCAUCAUAAUCAGCAACACCAAAUUAAAUCACCAACUUCGGUGCCUGGCAAUACUAGUCCUUCGGGUGUGCUAUCCGCCAAUACAACUGUUGCUUUGGCAAAUGGAGCAAUUGUCAAUGUGAGCAAUGCAGCGCUGUCUUUAACGGCAAAGAACAUUUCGGCCAUGUCUCUGACACGUGACUCUCCAACACCAUCAACGCCAUCUCCAUCACCGUCAUCUUCGAGUUGCGUUUCGUCGUCCUCAUCGUUGAUAUCAUCGUCACCGCCACGCACAUUAAGUGGCAUAAUUAGUGGACGAAAUGUGACUGUCAGUAUUCCAAAUAACUUAAAAUUCGCUAGUAGCACUGGACUCGCUACGAGCCGAGUAACAGCGACAAGUGGCGGUGUAACAACUGGGAAGGGAACGUCGUCGGCAGCCGCCGCUAUUAUAGCGACAUCUCCGCCUAACAACAACGGCGUUACUUCUAAUAAUAAUGCUAUAAUGCUUCAGGCAUUACGAGGAUGCCAUUUGGUGUGAACCAUUUCGGUAAAGUAUUCCCACGAGCGCAACUUUGGCCGCAGUAUCAACCACAGCCAUCGGCGACAUAUUCGAUUUUCUCGGAAAACUCACAGCCGAUGCUACAAAGCUGUAUAUUGAGAGCAAGUUCAAGAUUGAGUGAAGAAUGCCGUAAAAACUGCAUAAAAACCAACCGACUAGAUAAACAAAUCUAAGCAGAAUAUUCAAUUUAUUAAUUAUGUAUACAUAAAUUAGCAAAAACCACCCAUCACGAAGCCUAUCAUCAAGAUAUGUAUAAAUACAUUGUAUUGCAAAUAA